AUGGCUGCAAGCGUGGAACAACAACAGCAACAACAGGCAGGCCCGGCGGCUCCUGGCGCACAGCAAGGCGCAUCCAUCCCAAGCCUCUUCAUGUUUCCUCCUAUGAUUCGCGAUGCGCUGGAGACGGACUCGUCCAACGUCCAGGAUGACACGGUCGAUGAGGUUCUGCCCUUCUUAACUGGCAAAGAACACAGCCAGCUCAACGCCCAUGGCAUCCCUCGUCUGGACAAGGAGCGACAUGUCAGGUUCGUGAAAAAGCAGCUAGGAGUGUUACCGAGCAUGUACGUUGGAGCGGAUCCCAGCAGGCCGUGGAUAUUCUAUUGGUGCCUGAAUGCCCUGUCUCUCCUCGGUGAGGACCUCGAGCCUUAUCGCGCCAGGCUUAUUGAGACAGUGCGCCCUAUACAAAAUAAAACGGGCGGGUUUGGAGGGGGUUUUGGCCAGUCAUCGCAUCUUGCCACCACCUAUGCGAUCGUUCUCUCGCUAGCAUUGGUUGGCGGAGACGAGGCAUUCGAAGUGGUCGACAGGAGAAGCAUGUGGAAGUGGUUGUGCCAGCUCAAGCAGGAAGAUGGUGGGUUCCAGAUGGCUGUCGGAGGCGAAGAAGAUGUGAGGGGGGCCUACUGUGCAUCCGUUGUGAUUUCUCUGCUCAACUUGCCCUUGGAUUUAUCAUCCGACUCUCCUGCAUAUGCUGCCGGCCACACAAGUCUCCUGAGUGGCCUGGGUGAAUGGGUGCGGCUGUGCCAAACGUACGAGGGAGGCGUGUCAGCCAACCACGGGGUCGAGGCGCAUGGCGCAUAUGCCUUCUGCGCUCUAGGAUGCCUCUCAAUUAUUGAUUCCCCACACCGAAGCAUUAGACGGUACAUGGAUGUACCACGACUUAUCUCUUGGCUCUCAUCUCGCCAGUAUGCUCCAGAAGGUGGCUUUUCAGGCCGCACGAACAAGCUUGUCGAUGGCUGUUAUAGCCACUGGGUUGGUGGGUGUUGGCCCCUGAUUGAGGCCAGUCUGAGCGGGCCUGAGGGGCCGACAGCUGGCCCUGCAGGUCGCCCGUUGGAAGACACAGAUGUAGACGACAGCUUGUUCAGCCGAAAUGGGUUGAUUCGUUACAUCCUCUGCUGUUGUCAAGACAUGUCUAAGAGGGGUGGCAUGAGGGACAAGCCCAGCAAGUAUUCCGACGCGUACCACACUUGUUACGUUCUAUCUGGCCUCAGCUCCGCACAGAACAAGUGGCGUUUAGUUGCCUCUCGAGCCGAUGAGACCCUUCUCGGAGACGACCUUUGGGAGGUGCUGCCUCAUACAAAGGGAGAGCAAAUAUUUGAUGAGGAUGACCGGAUCGGAACGAUUCAUCCCGUCUAUGCAAUCCCCCAGCAUAGAGUUGACGCGAUUCGAAGUUACUUCUCGUCGAAAGAGGGUUUCUAA